UGGCGCGCGCUCCCGGCUAGUGGGGCGGCGCGCGGGCACGGGGCUCGCUCCCGAGAGGGCAGGUGGGGGCUGGGAGCGGGCGCUAGGGUUGUGGUGGCCGGAGGCGCCUGGGCCGCGAGGUCGACGCCUGUGGCUGCGGCGGCCGAGGCCAAAGGACCCGCCGCGGCUCGGUCUCCAGAGAGGGAGGGCUCCGCUGCCGCCGCCGCCCGGCCGGUGCCCGGUCAAAUCAGUCUAGAGAAUCGAUGGAAUUUGCCCCAAGUGUUGCACCCAGCAAGCUGGCAGUAAGGACCCGGGUACUGGCGGAUGGGGAUGGCGGUUCUCACUCUCUGUGCGUGAAGGCCAGAAGCCAGGGAGCCUGAAGUGACUGGAUUUUCCUGACACCUCUACAGCCCCGUCCCCUCCCGGCUGAGGUAGCGCCAGCCCCACUUCAGGCACAAGGACAGAGCCCCUGGACUGCCAGGUUCCCGACCAGGGAGGAGGAGGAGGAAGAGAACUCCAUCUGCUGGGGCCUGAGUGUGGCCUAGGGGACAGGCCAUCGUCCCAGAAUGCCCCUGCCGGAGCCCAGCGAGCAGGAGGGUGAGAGUGUGAAGGCUGGCCAGGAGCCAUCCCCGGAGUCCCCUGAGCCAGGCACAGAUGUCAUUCUUGUAGUCCCCACAAAGCCCAAAGAGUUCUCCAAACUGGUCCUGCUGACGGCCUCCACGGAGAACGUGGAUGGGGUGGACUCCCAGCCCAAAGGAGGGCACUGUGGCAUGUCCCUGGAGAUGUCUGGUCCUGACGCACUGGCCAGGACCCCCCAGAUCCUGCCAGUGGAGGAGCAAGUGGGGGCAGUCCAGCCAACCCCCCAGGCCCCUGAGCAGACAUGCAGCAAGCCAGAUACAGCAGCCCCCAAGCCCCUGGAGUUCCUGAGGACCCCAUUCGGGGGCCGCCUCCUGGUGCUCGAGUGCUUCCUGUACAAGCAGGAGAAGGCAGUGGGGGACAAGGUCUACUGGAAGUGCCGUGAACACUGUGAGCUGGGCUGCCGGGGCCGGGCCAUCACCCGAGGCCCACGGGCCACAGUGAUGCGGGGCCACUGCCACCCGCCCGACGAGGAGGGUCUGGAGGCGCGGCGCCGGAGACAGAAGCUGCCUGGCCCAGCCCUGCCUGAAGGCUUCGGGGUUCCGGAGGGCCCUCGGGGCCGAGUGGAAGAGCCGCUGGAAGGGGUGGGCCCAUGGCUGUGCCCUGAGGAGCCAGAGCCCACCCCCGGAUUGGUGCUGAGCAAGCCGGCCGCAGAGGAGGAUGAGGGGCUGCGAGCCCUGUCACUGCUGAGCUUGCCCCCCAAGAAACGCCCGACACUGGGGAUUGGAGAACCCCGGCCCCUGGAAUUCCUGAGGACGUGCUAUGGGGGCAGCUUCCUGGUGCACCAGUCCUUCCUCUACAAGCGGGAGAAGGCCGUGGGGGACAAGGUCUACUGGACGUGCCGGGACCAUGCACUGCACAGCUGCCGCAGCCGGGCCAUCACCCAGGGCCAGCGGGUGACCGUGAUGCGGGGCCACUGCCACCCGCCUGAUGUGGAGGGCCUGGAAGCCCGGCGGCAGCAAGAGAAAGCCAUGGAAACACUGCAGGCCAGGCCUGGUGGGCCUGGGGGCCAAGUGGACAAGCUGCUCCAAGGCGUGGAUGGCCGGCUCUCCCGCAGGGGGCCGGGGACUCUGACUCUCACCAGAGCCCGGCCUAGGAAGCGCACAAAAGUCCUUCCGGCCCAGCCCCAGGCCCUGCAGGGAUACCGCACUGAGGACCGGGACGAGGACCCCGGAGGCCCUGAAUUCUUGAGGACCCCUCUGGGGGGCAGCUUCCUGGUGUACGAGUCCUUCCUCUACAGGAGGGAGAAGGCGGCCGGGGAGAAGGUGUACUGGACGUGCCGGGACCAGGCCCGCAUGGGCUGCCGCAGCCGGGCCAUCACGCAGGGCCAGCGGGUGACUGUGAUGCGUGGCCACUGCCACCCGCCCGACCUGGGGGGCCUGGAGGCCCUGAGGCAGCGGGAGAAACGCCCGGGUGCGGCUCAGCGGGGGAGCCCAGGAGGCCCUGAGUUCCUGAGGACCCCUCUGGGGGGCAGCUUCCUGGUGUACGAGUCCUUCCUCUACAGGAGGGAGAAGGCGGCCGGGGAGAAGGUGUACUGGACGUGCCGGGACCAGGCCCGCAUGGGCUGCCGCAGCCGGGCCAUCACGCAGGGCCAGCGGGUGAUGGUGAUGCGUAGGCAUUGCCACCCGCCCGACCUGGGGGGCCUGGAGGCCCUGAGGCAGCGGGAGCGGCUCCCCAGCCCGGCCCAGAGGGAAGGCUCAGGAACCCUCCGGCCGCUGGAGUUCCUGAGGACGUCCCUCGGGGGCAGGUUCCUGGUGUACGAGUCCUUCCUCUACAGGAAGGAGAAGGCGGCCGGGGAGAAGGUGUACUGGAUGUGCCGGGACCAGGCCAGGCUGGGCUGCCGCAGCCGGGCCAUCACGCAGGGCCAGCUGGUGACGGUGAUGCGUAGCCACUGCCACCUGCCCGACCUGGCGGGCCUGGAGGCCCUGAGGCAGCGGGAGCGGCUCCCCAGCGUGGCCCAGCAGGAGGACCCAGAGAAGAUGAAACUUCCGCCGGAAGCGCAGCUGUGCGUCCAGCCUGGCUCUCUGGAAAGCCGGCAGAUGUCUGGCGCUGGGGGCCUUCACGUUCCCUCGAGGGUCUCCCAGGAGCCCUACUUUGAUGGUGUCUCCGAGCGGGCGAACGAGAGUGCCAGGAGCUGGUGGCUCGCAGGUGUGUGCGACCUGGGGCAAAAGGUCCGGCCCACGAGAGAGCGGAAGAAGCGUCUUUCCACGAAAAGGCCUCUUCCCUGAGCUGCUGCUCCGAGCCGCGAGCACCCAGCCGUUCCCAGAGUGUGUGACUUUGCCGAGGCCGGUCCAGUGUGGUGUGGGUGCACUCGGAGAAGGUGCCGCUGCUUCCAGCUGAGCUGCCCCGCGGAGGCCGCCCCCCGCGGGUUUUCCAGACCGGGGCCAAGUGGACCUUCGCGCUCCUGGGCCGCCUGCUGCUGGGCUGCAGCCGUCCCUCGUGGCGGCAGAGCGAGCCAAAGCAGAGGCCCCAUUACACCCUCUGUCGGAGUCUCUCCCCUUUGCAGGCUUCAGACAAACCAGGGCCGCGGUCCGCACGGCAGCUGUCGUUUCUGGCAGCGGGAGCCAGCCCGGAUGCCCACGGGACGCCGGGGCAGACACCAGCGGGCCGCCGUGUCUGGCCGAGGCAGGAGGAGAGGCAGGCCCGGUGGCGGCGGAGGCCCACCCCGUUCUCCCGGCUGGGAGCGGGCAGCGGGCUGGCCUAGCAGGCCGGCGGAGAAGCAGGCUGACGUGGGCCGGGAGCUCCCGAGGCAGCUGCUUGCUACUGGGGCGCUACCGGGGCGCUACCGGGGCGCUACCGGGGCCACGCCUCGUGGCCAGCUUCCUUGCGUGCGCUCUGUGACCUGUGACCAGCCCCCUCUCCUGCCAAGCUGGCCGCGGAGCCUGCUGUCCGGCUGUGGGACAGCGACAGCUUAGGACCCCACUGUCCCUCUGCUUAUAGAUUUCCCGCCAAUAAACCCCGUUUUAUAUCUCAUCGUGUAGAACUGGUAUGUGUGCCCACGUCCCUCGUGCAACAGCAGUCGGCCACCACGGAGCCACACGCACUGUGUCUCCGUGCCACGAGGUCGGGAGUUACGGAGCUUGGCUGGGCACCCCCAGAAGAGACCCCCACGCAGCAGGCAGCUCACCUGCCCCAAUGCCGGCUGGACCAAGAGCAGGGGGCGUCCUCUGGAGCGGCUGCUGAGAGCUCUGCCCCCGGCCUGCAGGGGGCGCUGCGGCCCCUGCUGGCCAUUGCCCUCAUUGCCCUGAAAGAGAGGCCUUGGUUCUCCGCGGCGGCCCCUCAUCCUGAGCCCCGUCUUUCUCAUGAACUGGGGCGAGCUUAAAAUGGAAGUGGCACCCCCAAGGACAGGGCAACCUCGACCCCCAAUUCAGACCCUGGCUUCCUUCCCAGGCGAGUGCGUGGCCCAUCCGCUGACCCGGUUACCGGCUCUGCAGGGCCCUAGCCUAGCAGCCUGGCCCGCAGUCAAGAAGACGGGCCGCGGACCGGCAGCCCACCUCUCAGGUGGGAGGCAGCUGUCUGCCGGAGGACCCCUGUGCUGACGGCCCUCAGCAUGGACGCUCUACGCAGGGGCUAUGUUUUGAGCAGUGCUCAUGGCCAUGAAGCCUGCCGCCCUGAGACAGUGAGCUGCCCACGGCCAAGGCCAGAGACACAGCCCUGUGGGAACAGAUAGGACACCCCAAUCCCGGGCCCAUCUUCGUGUCUCAAAUACGCAUGCCCAGAGAGAUGGCCACACCUGGAGGAGGGUCCGUGCCUCUACCCGCUGAGUCUCUGCUCAGCCCCACUGUGGAAGGGGCGCCCCACACGGCAUGAGGUGCUCCAGCGAGAAGCGCUGAGUCCCAACGGCUGUUACCCCUGCACGGCCUGCGGGAUCUGCUGUCUCUGCAGCCUCCCCAGCCGGCUCUGUGUGGGGUCAGUGACCUCCUCCAUCACACGUCCCGUGCCCCUCAGCUUGGCCGAGCUCCAGGAUGCAGCACAAGGAGGAUCACGGGGACGCAGGCUUCUCCUCAUCCUGGAUGUUCAUGCUGAUGACGGCCUGCAUGCUCUUCCUCUUCCCUGCUCCUGCUUUGACUUCAGAGGACCGAUGGAUGGCCCGCGUUGCUUGGACUGAGUAUGCUCACGUGGACAGGAGUUUUGACACCACCGUCACCUUGGGUGGCCCCCUGGCUGCUCCGGCUCCAGAAGCUUCCUCCCAUACGUCCACUUCCUCCACCAUUGCCUAGCCACAGAGAUGUCCCCUGCCCUGUCCUGUCACGGAGCGAAGUGCACGGGGGCCGGUCCUCAGAAGCUGGCCCCUCCGUGGCUGGAGAUGGAUCAGCAAGGCAGUGCCCUCCUCCUUCCCUGCUCCCGCUCUGCUGCUAGUGUCCCCCAAUAAACCCGAUUUUAUGAUGUCUGCACCACACGGAGCAGGUAGUGACAGUGAGCAACAAUUAUGAAGUUAUGUUUCAA